CCAGGUUCUCCAGGACUAGCAGGGUCUUUCUGCUCCUGGGUAGCAGGAAGAUUCCAGAAAUUAGAGCCAGUGAGAAGGGGCCCAGGGGUGUGAGGAGGCAGAGGCACAGGUGCUCACCAUGGAUGCUGGGGUGCUGGGGGUAGGGCUGGAGCCCCAGCACUUCCCAGACAUUGGGGCGGGGGUGCUUUUCUGAACCUGGAGGAGGGGAAAGGCUGUGUCAUUCCCUCCAAGACCUCUUUGCUCCAAAUACUGUUCACUUUAAGAGUCACAAAGGGGAAAUGGGAGGGGGUGGACGGCGGGUGGCCCACGGGCAGGAAGUGCAGGGUCAAGUCACUCAUUGGCUGGUCCCAGAGACCUGCUUUCACUGGGUCUCCAACAACCCCAGCGAGUCCGCUGGGAGCCCGAGCGCGCCAUCCUCCCGGUGUUCCUGCAGCUGGGCGGAGGGUUCCGCUCGCCCGGGCUGCUCCCUACCGCGUCUGGCUCAGCGCAGCAGGUGCCCUGGCUCUGCUGUCCUUCGCCUUCUGGAGAGGAACCUCGCGCUCGCUGACCGCCGCCCGCGAAAAGAAUGGAAGAGUUUCAGAAAAGCAGAUAUGGGACUAUGAAUAAAGGUGAAGUAGAAGAGAUCUGCUUUGCAACCGCGGCCUCAUUGAGGAUCCUCCUGGUGGGCAGAACAGGCAGCGGGAAAAGCGCCACAGGAAACAGCAUCCUCUGCCGGCCCGCCUUUGAGUCCAGGCUGGCCGCCCAGUCGGUGACCAGGGCCUGCCAGGGGGAGAGGGGCACGUGGAAUGGGAGGGACAUCCUGGUGGUCGACACGCCCUCCAUCUUUGAGGCAAAGGCCCACUCCCAGGAGAUGUACAAGGACAUCGCGGAUUGCUACCUGCUGUCUGCCCCAGGGCCCCACGUGCUGCUCCUGGUCACCCAGCUGGGGCGCUUCACGGCCCAGGACGCGGUGGCAGUGAGGAGGGUGAAGGAGGUGUUUGGGACCCAGGCCAUGAGGCACACGAUCGUGCUCUUCACCCACCGGGAAGACUUGGGCGACGAGUCCCUGGACCAUUACGUGGUCAACACGGACAACCUCGGCCUGCGCCGGCUGCUGGCGGAGUGCGGCCGGAGGUACUGCGCCUUCAACAACCGCGCGGCGGGCGAGCAGCAGCGCGCGCAGCUGGCCGAGCUCAUGGCGGUGGUGGAGCAGCUGGAGCGCGAGCGCUCCUACCAGGGCGACCACCUCUUCCUCCCGGGGCCGCGGCUGCAGCCAGGCGGGGGCGCCGGCGGCCCGGAAGCCUAUGCGCACUACGUGGCCGAGGUGAGGGCGCAGGUGGACAGGCAGAAGCAGGCGCUGCGGAAGGAGGAGAGGAACUGCAAGGUCAAGGCGACCCGCAGAGCCGAAAAGUGCACUUUUUUUGAAAUUUGUGCCAUUAUUAUUUGGUGCAGCUUAAUUCUUACUGUUAUUGCGCUGAUCAUAUAUUAUCAGGUCUGAUGCUUUGUGUUUUAGGGAUUUCAAAAUAUAUCAAUUACCGCAUCCACUGCUCUAAGUAUCCUCCAUCAGAAAGAGGCCCCCCUGGUCUGUCGAGGGCUGCAGGUCUAGGCAGCUGCGUUUCCCCUUCUUUCUUAACAGACUUCCGGUUGGGUUCAGAGCUCCGUCCUCAGUUCCAGGGAUGUUUUGUCUAAAUACAAUCCAGGUGGUCCUAUGGUGUUUAUCCUGCAGGUCGUUGGUAUUUAUCCUGAAGAAUUAAAGUCAUCUUACUACAAUGA